AUGCUCCUGCUCCGCCGCGUCUUCUUCCUCCUCUCGUCGCCCUCGCCUCGCGCGCCGCUCGCAGAACCUCUCCUGCUCCGACGCCCGCCCAAAACCCUAGCCCCGACAGCGCGGCAGCUCGUGGCUAUGGCUGCGCCUGCCCCGUCGGCGGGUGGGGCGGGGACGAUGAGCCGGGACGCGUUCCGCGCAGCCGUGACCAACACGCUGGAGCGCCGGCUCUUCUUCGUGCCCUCCUUCAAGAUCUACGGCGGCGUCGCGGGGCUCUACGACUACGGCCCCCCAGGUUGCGCCGUCAAAGCUAACGUCCUCGCUUUCUGGCGCCAGCAUUUUGUAUUGGAGGAAGGGAUGCUUGAGGUUGACUGUCCAUGUGUGACACCAGAAGUUGUCUUGAAAGCCUCUGGACAUGUUGAUAAAUUUACAGACUUAAUGGUUAAAGAUGAAAAGACAGGCAACUGCUACCGUGCGGAUCAUUUGCUGAAGGAUUUCUGUAAGGAUAAGCUUGAGAAGGAUCACACAUUGUCACAAAAAAUGCUAGAAGAAUACAAUAGAGUUCUUGCUAUCCUGGAUGAUCUCUCUGCAGAACAAUUGGGUGCUAAGAUUAAGGAGUAUGGGAUUGUUGCUCCGGACACCAAGAACCCAUUAUCAGAUCCGUACCCUUUCAAUCUCAUGUUUCAAACUUCCAUUGGACCAUCAGGUUUGAGCCCAGGGUAUAUGAGGCCAGAGACAGCUCAGGGUAUAUUUGUGAACUUCAAAGACUUGUAUUACUAUAAUGGCAACAAGCUGCCAUUCGCUGCAGCCCAAAUUGGUCAAGCCUUCAGGAAUGAGAUAUCUCCCCGUCAAGGCCUUCUGAGAGUCCGUGAGUUUACUUUAGCGGAAAUUGAGCACUUUGUGGACCCAGAGGACAAAUCCCAUCCAAAGUUUGGUGAUGUUUCUGAUCUAGAGUUCUUGAUGUUUCCAAGAGAGGAUCAAAUGGCCGGAAGGUCAGCCACAAGACUUAAACUCAGAAAUGCUGUAUCUGAGGGAACUGUGAACAAUGAGACCCUUGGCUACUUCAUUGGAAGGGUCUACCUUUUCUUGACACAACUUGGGAUUGACAAAGAUCGUCUCCGUUUCCGUCAACAUCUGCCAAAUGAAAUGGCUCAUUAUGCUGCUGAUUGUUGGGAUGCAGAGAUUGAAUGCUCCUAUGGUUGGAUUGAGUGUGUUGGAAUUGCUGAUAGGUCUGCCUUUGACUUACGUGCCCACUCGGAUAAAAGCGGCGAGAAACUUGAAGCACAUGAGAAGUUUUCAGAACCCAGAGAAGUGGAGAAAUUAGUUAUAACACCAUCAAAGAAGGAACUUGGUCUUGCAUUCAAAGGGAACCAGAAGAUGGUUCUUGAAUCAUUGGAAGCCAUGACUGAGACCGAAGCUUUGGAUAUGAAAGCUGUGUUGGAAUCCAAGGGGGAGGUUGAGUUCAAGGUGUGUACUCUUGGGAAGGAUGUUACCAUAAAGAAAAACAUGGUUUCAAUUAACAUCGAGAAGAAAAAGGAACACCAAAGAAAAUUUACUCCUUCUGUUAUAGAACCAUCUUUUGGGAUUGGGCGCAUUAUAUACUGCCUUUUCGAGCACUGCUUCUACCAAAGGCCUGGAAAGACAGAGGAUGAGCAGUUAAACAUAUUCCGUUUUCCCCCUCUUGUUGCUCCAAUAAAGUGCACUGUCUUUCCAUUGGUCAAGCUUGAGAAAUUUGAGGUUGUUGCCAAGAAAAUUUCAAAGGCCUUGACAGCAGCAGGGAUUUCACAUAUUAUCGACAUGACAGGUAAUACAAUAGGAAAACGGUAUGCAAGGACGGACGAGAUUGGUGUCCCCCUGGCGAUCACUGUCGAUAACACUACAAGCGUGACGGUGCGCGAUCGUGACAGCAAGGACCAGAUCCGCGUGGAGGUGGAUGAGGUGGCCUCGGUGGUGAAGGAAGUGACGGACGGGCAGAGCACCUGGGCUGACAUCAUGUGGAGGUACCCGGCGCAUACCACCUCGGCAGCCGACGAGGAAGAGGCAGAGCCCUGA